AUGGCAACCAAGUGCGCGAGGGCUAAGGAAGAGCGCCUCUCCCUCCUCGAGCUCCCGGCGGCCGACCCAGAUGACAAGAAGGCCAAAGCCAAGGACAUGAAGCGCAAGGGGGCAGCCGUGCUCGCGGCUGAACCGGAAAUAAAGCAUGGCUGUGACCACCCAGAGUCAUCCAAGGGCAGUCUGCGGGAGGAGCGGGAGGCCGCCACGGCGCGGACGGAGGACGAUGCCCAGGCCGCCGCGUCUGCGCAGGCGGAGGCCGCCGCGUCGGCGCAGGCGGAGGCGUCAACCAAGGCGGAGGCCGACGCCAAGGCUGCGGAGGACCCUACUGGUGGCGGGAUCCCGGGGGCUGCCAAUCUUGAGCAGCCGGAGGUGCCAGUGGUGGAGGCGCAGGCGCCGACUAGAGCAGUCGGAGCCGACCAGACGGCGCCAGAGCGGGAGGCUGCCGACUCCACCAUACCGACGGCGGCGGUGACCCAGCAUGUGCCGGGUGCUGGGGCCGGCACUGUCGCCCUGAACCUCACGGUGCAGGAUGUCUUGGACAAGUUUGCCACCCACGACGCCACCCUCCUGAAGGCGAGGAGCGAGAUGGCGGUGAUGCAAACGUCUGUCCAAGAUUACCACAACCUGCGUGCGGCCGCCUUCAACUCACAGAACCAGGCGCUCGCCACCCAGACCCCCGAGUUGCGGAAGAGCCGAGCUGCUGCCCAGCUACGGGGCCGUGUGCAUGAGCUCGAGGGCCAGCUUCAUGCCAAGGAGCUAGAGCGCGACCGGAUCGAGAAGGAGCUAGCCGAUCAGGUGACCCAGCAUGCGGAGGAAAUCCGGCAGCUGAAGGACCAGGAGGAGCUCCUCAGGGCCGAGUUCGAGUCCCAGCGCUUGGGCUGGGCCGACAAGGAGAAGUACCUGUCGGAGGGCUAUGAGGUGAUCGAGGGUCUACUUCAAGAGUUCUUCCCAUACCUCACCGGUGCCAUCGUCCAGGCGAACGAGGUCUUGGAAGGGCUCUGGCCGGGUGUGCAGGUCCCCUGGACUCCCAGCCGGACUGCCGACUGGUUGGAGGUGGCGUGGGAGCGGCUCGACGCAUGGAAAGGCGCCGCGGCACGGGCCGGUGCCAAGGUGGCGCUGGAGUUCGUGAAGGCGUGGUACCUAGGCAUGAGCAUUGCCCAGCUGGCCACCUUCCGCUACGAGGCGGUGCUGAAGUUGGAGCUAGAGCGUGAAGGGAUUGCCAUUCGCGCGUCGACCCUCGCUGAGUACACCGACGGCAGCGUCUUCAUCCUGGAGCGGGUGGAAGACGGCACCGAGGUGCCACUGUCCUGGUUUGGGCUGAACCCAGACGAAGUGGAGAACCCGGCAGAGGAGAUCGCCUCCAACGACAAAGCCGCAGAGGAGGAUGAGGAAGGCAGCAAUGACGCGCUAGAUGACGGAGCGACCAGCCGGAACCGGCCCGAUCCGGCCCCAGCCAGCGAGCAGCGGGAGACCACGUCAGCCGCCGCCGCCGACCAUACCAGGACCAACCAGCCGGAGGCCCCGCCAGCCGGUGCCGCAGCCGCCACUAACUCAUCCGAGCAGCCCGCAGUGAAUCCGGCCUAG